AUGCACGAGCAAGCUAGACAAAUUCGCCAACAGCUGGGUGGUUCGAAUGCUGACGACUUUAAAACAAGUAAUGGUUGGUUAGAAAAUUUCCGCAAACGUCAUGGUAUAAAAUAUCGAACUAUUAAUGGUGAAUCAGCAACUGUUGAUGAAUACAAAAACAAUGCUUGGGAAACUGUUACUCAAUCAACAAUUGACAACACAUUUCGUAUGGCAGGCUUUAUUAAUCGAAACAGUCAAGAUAUUAUUGCUACUACAAUUGAUAAUGAAAAUGAUGUAGAUGAACCGGUUGUUUACUGGUGA